CAACCUUGUCGAUUGUCUGAACUCAAGGGCGAAUCUCUAGACCUGUAGUGUGCUUGGUGUACUUACUCUAGCAACUGUCCUCAGUAUUUAUUACUGUCAUGGUAAGUCGUUGUGGUUCAAGUAUAAAUUUUGAUUUAUUGAAUCUCAUAGCAUGGUCUAUUACUCACCAGAAUAAACUGGUAGAAUAAAAUCAUUUCGAAGAAAUCUUACUGAAAACUUGUUGGAGGUUUUUUUAAAAUACUAUCGAAAACCUGUAUAUGUAAUGCUGUGGACUUUAUCCCUCGAAUCCACACAUUUUAUAAAAGUCGCUGCAGGCGAAAACAGGACUUUAAAAAAAAAGAAACUCAGAAUUUCCAUUGCUUUUAUAAAGGCACAGUAAACGUAUAAAAUCACUCUUCCAUAUAUUCAGUGACGUUGGAAGAAUCUCCUGAUUCUCAAAAGGAAACGUCUCUCCUUAAAGUUCAGAAAUCUAGAUCGUUAUAACAUCUUUUUCCCUCAUUUGUGCCUUUAUAAAUCUGGUCGUCUAGUAACUUCAAAAAGUUAGCUGUUGCUUAUAUCAUACCACUUCAUUGGUACCUGAUAUAAAAAAUAGGCGGUCCUGACCAGAUGGCAUAUUAUCUACUUACGAGAAACAAUAGUUAUGUUAUCAAAGUAGUCUUGCAGUCAACACUAGAAGUACCUAACAUCUUAUUUAUGUUAGGCUGUAACAAGAAGUAUCGUAUCAUAAAUGUCGAUAUAUUUAAAUGAACCGAACACAUGCAAAACAUCUCACGUAAAUUCCUCUUACAUUGCAUUGUGAAAAGUAAAAAUAAUUUUUAGCAUUGCUUCUAACUUAGAUUGAUAGCACUCUUGAAAAAUAAAAUAUUGGUCAAUGAUAUGACAAAAUUAUCAAUAUUUAUAUCUCUUUGAUCAUAAGCAUCUGAAACAAUACGCCGGUUAAAGGAAUAAAUGAAAAGGGAAAAUACUCCAUAGAUUAGUAAAUAUCAUGAAGCCUCAUCCCCAGGCUUUGUUGACGCGAUACAUGUAUCAAGUGUGAAUGUGAACUUAAGAAAAUAAUGUUUACCUGGAUAGUUUGCACGGAAAUUUUUGUGCAAAAUAAGUGACUUGCUGUAAAUUCAAUUAGUACUUUAGAAGCCUGUUGAAAGUGUUUAUUAAUUGACAAAUUUUACAUAAACCUACGAACUAGAAACAUUAACAUAAAAAUAUUAAGCAUAUAAAAAUAUAAUAAACAGUCUUGACUGAUUUAAUACUUACAUUUUCUUUCGAUACUAGCCCACGUUUAUUUUAUCUCUCACAUAGUGCAUUAAGCUUUAACUAUCGAAAUACUUGACCUGUCAAAUGUCUCAGAUAAGGAACAACUUUUGAGCCUAGAACACAAGACACCUGGACAGUAGUGUUUGCUGUGUCUAUAACUUACUGUAAAUCUUAAUGGGAGAAUCUGUCCUUAUUAAUACCCAACUUGUUGUCUGUCCCGUAGAGAGCAUGAAUAGUUGCAAGUUCCAGUAGCAUUGUGUAAUCAAAAAUUAGUUUUGCUGACUUACAAAAAUCAUUUUCAGUGACCACUGACAAUUUUGUAACCUUAUUUGCAAAAAAUAACAGUUACAACUCACAAACUGACCAGGGAGUUUUGAUCCUUUCAUGCAGUUUCUAUCGUACGCAGUUUUUCUGAUGUCUGAAGUGGAACUUCCAAAGGAAAUAGGUUACAAUCAUAUACCUCACUUGGAUUUAUAUUAUGUAUUGUUAAAGUGAUUUUGAUAACACUAUUACGUGUCACAUGUUCAGUUUCUUUAGAGGAAUAUGACGAAAUGGCGUAUGCUGUCCCUACAGAAAGCAUCGAUAUUGAUUUGUUUCUGAAAUCACAUUCAUCAUAUAAUAAGUACACCACUUCCCAAAAGAAUCUGAACGCAACUGUUUUAGCAUAUGUAACGCCUUGGAAUAAACUAGGAUACGAAGUAGCAAAAAUAUUCGGUGCUAAAUUCAACCUUAUUGCUCCUGUGUGGUUUGAAGUCCAAGGUGAAAAAAAGGCAUAUACAGUUACUGGGAUCCCUGAAAUUAACACUGAAUGGCUUAGUGAAAUUCGCACUGUGAAUCCUGAUGUAAAGAUAGUACCUCGAUUUUCCUUCGGUCCAUGGGAAGACCGAGAUUAUGCCGCAACUUUAAAUGAUGUUCCUAAAACAGAUAAAUGUAUUCGAAAUGUGAUCAAUAUUUUAAAGAAAUAUAAUUUUGAUGGUGCAGUCAUAGAAAUAUGGGCACAGUUCUCUGGUGUAGAAUUACAAUCACUAAUAGAUUUUAUAGUACGACUUUCUGAUAAUUUGCAUUCAAACGGCAAGCUUUUUGUGCUCGUUAUCCCACCUCCUGUUUACUAUGAAGGCAUAGAAGGAAGAUUUAAAGAAGAACAUUUUAAAAUAUUGGCCGAUUAUGUUGACUAUUUUAGCUUAAUGACCUACGACUAUUCUUCACCUCAUAGACCUGGGCCUAAUAGUCCUUUGAGUUGGGUAGAAGAAUGCAUUAAUCGUUUGGUUCCAAAGAAUUCUUUAAACCAGGCAAAAUUGCGUAAACAAAUUUUAGUGGGUUUAAACUUUUAUGGAAUCGAUUACUUGCCUAAAAAAUUAAUCGGUGAACCUAUUAAAGGCAAUGAUGUUAUUGAAAUAUUUGAGAAGUAUCAACCGAAUUUUAAAUGGGAUAAAAAAUGGGCUGAACAUAGCUUCUCUUACAAGGAUAAAAAAUCGCAAGAUCACUUGGCCUUCUAUCCUACCUUGAUGUCGAUAGCACAACGUUUACAAACUAUACUAUCCAGAGGUACGGGUGUUUCUAUCUGGGAGAUAGGACAAGGACUAAAUAGCUUUUAUUCACUGUUCUAAUGUAAAAUUUUACAUACCGUCAUGGCAUAUAUGUGCACUUUUUUAUCUUUUGGAAAUAUAUUUUCAUACAUCG